AUGACGCAGGAUGGCGAUGAAAACGAUUCCCCUGCCGCUCCUGCUGGCCAGGUGAACUCUACCGCAGGGCUCGCCGACGCUGCCCCAGUGGCACCCGCGGCACCGGCAGCGCUGGUUCCAGCCACGGGGACGUCAGCCUUCCCGACCCUGUUCGGCAUCGCCGCAAUCCUAACAGUGGGCGUGGUCGCCAUCGCUCUCACUUGGUAUCUUUUGAAAGAGACACCAGCCGAAAAAGAGCCGCCGAAACCACUGACUACUAAGAAGCCGACCACGUUGCCGACCACGUUGCCUACCACGUUGCCGACCACGUUGCCGACCGCGUUGCCGGCCACGUUGCCGACCGCUUUGCCGGCCACGUUGCCGGCCACGUUGCCGGCCACGUUGCCGGCCACGUUGCCAACCACCACCAGCUUGACGACGACAGUUGGACCAGUCGUACGAGGGCCGCCGAUGAUCUGCACGUACAACAUUGACAAAUUCUCACUGGUCUCAGUGCUCCCUAGUGACGGCCUUUGUGACCAGAUAUACCUAGACUCUGUGUGCAGAAAGUCGCCCUGCAACACGGGUGCACAAUGGACCGUCACAGGAGUGCUGAAAGACUUUCUCGAAGUUGCUAAUGCGACAAGAACCAGCAACAAUAGAACAAGGCUGGGCCUCGCUUUCGACUCUCAGUAAGUUUUCGCGCACCCCUAACUUGCUUCUUCUGCGCCAGAGACACAAUGACCGAGCUCAGUUUUAAAGAUCCCACCUGCUGUAACCUGCAGGUUAUUGCUAAAGAUUUCCUUCACUAUGAAUACUCGCAAUAAAUCUGUGGAACGCCACCCACUUACAAAGAAGUGCUUUCCACUCCGCUUUAUUUAAACUGAAUGAAACAAAGAACGUCUCAUGGUCAUCCCGACUGUCUGGUGUUCAAUAGUCGGAUGGCUAGAGAUUGUCAAAAACUGCUUAGAUUUUUGAUCGUUUAUAAUGAAAACCUCUUAUACUGGGUGUUCAAAUCUCAAAAGUUUUAAAAGGUUGCCUGUAGCAGAUAGCUCAAUUCUAGUUUAUGGGCCGGUCUACUCGAAGCGGUGGACACUACUUGCACAAAAAAAUUGAAAUGCGAAAUCUACUAAUUAACAAUUCACUUAUGAAGUUUUCGCUAAUUAUCUUAUGACCCAUAUUGCAAUUUACAAACUCUAGCAGUGCACUUCGAAAGGCGGAUCCACUUGGAACGAAUUCUCAGGACGACACCAGUUUCGAGACAAUUUCCUAAACUUUGCAGGGGAAUGCAUUGGCGUUCCAGUUACCUGUGAGCAGCAGUGCAUGAAACGACGUUUUGUUAACAAAUUAACUGGAACGCCAAUUCAUGGAACGCAAAUUUCGGGAAUUUAUUUCUCGAAACUGGUGUCAUCAUAGGACGCUAAGGGUCCAUCAUAAGGGUCCUUCAUAGGG